AUGCGCAGGAGAUCAACAUAUGUCACUCACCCCAGUCGCGCUGUCAAUCCAGCUGAUAUUCAAGUCCGCCAACGACAGCUUCUGCUGGGGGCAUUGAAAGCAGCCCGAGAAGAACGCUUGACUUUGGGUCUCGAAGAACUGCCUGCAGAGAUAGCCGAUUACUUGCGAGAAUGCCAUGAACUUCAUGUUCGUUGGGCACCGGAACAUCCCUACAACACUAUGACUCCGUUUCUUUCAAGGAUCUCCCCUGGUUUACACAUCCAAUACACCCCUUUACACCAAGGUCAGGUCGAUCGACUCUGCAAUCUCCUCCACAGAGUGUUCGGGAAACAGCUUCGAUGUGACUCGCCAGACGCAACGUUCAUCAGCCCUCCAUUGAUAUCAGAACGCUUCGCUCAAACUUCGUCCCUUCAGUACUAUUCUCUCCUCCCUUCGCUCAAACAUCUUGUGGCUUACAUAUACCAUGCUGUUUGCGCACAAAACGACCUGCAGUGUCUGCAUACGGUGUCGCUCAUGAACAUUGCUGAUUCGGUGGACUUUGAUUACGAUAGCAUCUCCCAUGCUCUCACCUUUACCGUUUUCUGGUCAAAGCAGCCUCCUGUUUUCUACGAUCCGAUUGGCGACUUCACGACUCUUGAUGCGUGGAACCUCGAUGUGCAAUCCAGAAAGGAUGACAGGGUCGAGGUUGGUAUCCUCAGUGCGUCCUCAGCAACUGAACCCUCGGACCUUCAGCUAUCUGGCUUUCUUACCGUCGUCGGAGAAGAUGAUCAUCCGAAAGCCACACUCUUCAGUUUCCCUUCGCGCCAUCAUUCUUUUGGCCCAGAUCAGGCACAAUUCCAGAAAUAUACUGUUUCGUUUGACACGCCUACCGGGUUGCAUCCGAACUUACGAAUAUCUUUUCCCUCGGCAGGCUCGCUGACCGAGCCUAAGAAUAGACCCCCCGGGACUGUCUGUGCAUUGCAGACCUAUUUGACUCUUCCCUCGCAUAUCUUUGCCGACAAAUACGCCUUCCUCAGCAACGAUCCGCUUUUUCAAAGACUACAUCACGUCGGACAAUUGCAUUCUAUUGCAGGCGAGACGGAUCUGGAGGCUCCAGAUUAUGUUGUCAAAAAAUGGGGAUCGACGAUGCUACUCGAACUCCAGGCACCAAAUGGCAGCACUGGAGAAGCGGGAGCUGCUGACGGAGUCUGGGAUGUUACCAUACCUCUACAUCUACGAUAUCUGGAACCAAAGAACGGCAGCUCGUCCGAAGUCGAAAUGCCUUGGCCUAUUGUCUUCUGGGCUUGCACCGCUGAAGACGGGACCAAAUUUCCCGUCAAUCCUUUUGACAGAGUUCAGCUGGGCUUUGAAGGAUUGUUCGGCCCUAGAACCAUGUUCUACCAUCUGGACCCAGCACCAGUCAAGGGUGAUGCUCCAGGAAGGCUAGUAGAGCGUAUCUCGGUGCCAGUCUUGAACCUCAAGGCAGCAAGUUCAUCGUCAAUCGAAUCUCUGACGAUUCUCGCCAUUGCUCUCGGGUUUUUGUGGGUGCUGCUGAGGCUGAAGCCCAUGUUUGGGACGAGAUCCACCCGCAACAACCAAGCUCCGGCAACGAAGAAGAGGCAAUGA